AUGUUAACAGAUAGUCCAUCUUAUAAACGUUCUAAUAAGGAGAACUCUCCAAAAUACUGUUCUAUUAUCAGACAAAGCAAUAUAUCUCAUAAGCUUAUCAAUGAAGUGUUAAAUAGCGGAUCUGAUUAUCUACAGGAUUAAUUGGAAUAGAUUGAUCAUAAAAUAAUCCAAUAUCAAUGUAACAUCAAGUAGAAGAUAACAACUCUACUUGGUGAAUCUACAUGUUCCAUAGAUUAAUAGAUAUAUCAAACUAAACUAUAAGAUUUACGAAUGGAAGAACAAAAGUAUCAUAAAUAAAUAAUUUAGUUAUCAAUAAAUGCAAAGUGAUAUUGAUAAACAAUAAUCUAUACUUUAUGAUUAUUACGAAACUGAAUUCAAUAAACUCAAAUUAUAAUAUGAAUUAGUAACAUAAGAACAUCAAUAAUUUAUUAAAUAGAGAAAUGAAGUUCAUUAAACUUAUAAUUAAACAUUAGAAACUAAAGCAAUUUUAUAAGAAGAUUUGAAUGGAAAACUAUUAUAGAGAGCAGAGUUAGUUGGUUAGAAAGAGGAAUUAGAGGAAUUUGUUGAACAACUUAAAAAUGAGCAUCCUUAACUUACUGAAAUUGUUGAAUCUAUUUAUUAAUGUGAUCAAAAGGCUAAAAAUAUUAAUAAAAAUAUUAAUAAUAUAACAAAUCAGAUUUAAUCAUUAUAUUCUUAAUAAGAUGAGAAAAGAAAAUAAUUAGCUUCAUUUCAUUAAACUACUUUACUAGAAGUGUAAGUACAUUAAUAAACUCAAAAGGUUAAAUCUUUAAGAAAUAAGAUUGUACCCAUCUAAAAAAGUUUAAAUUUACAACAUCCAGAUUCUAUUCUAAAUGAAUUUAUAAAUUAUUAUGGAAAUUCACCAAUUCAUCUAGAGUCAAUAGAAUUUUAAACUAAAUUUUCUACUUUUAUUCAACAAUUUAGAAAUAACCUAUUUAAAUAAGGAAAUUAAGGAAAUAAUUGGGGAAGCAUGAAAGAAUUUGUAUUCUAAUUGGAAUAAUUCAUUUUAGGUUCUUUAUCACAAAGAUUAUUAUAAUAAUAAUUAUCUGUAAUCAAUAUUAACUUAAUUAGGAUUUGAAACAUAGUUUAAAGUAAUAUGGUGAUGAAUUAUUAUUAAGUAAUGAAGUUUGCACUAUUGAUUAUUAAGUAGAAGUUAAAAGACAAUAAAUAAGAGAAUUAGAAGAAGAAAAGUCUUCAGCAUUAUAUAGAAGAGAGAUGUAAUAUAUAUUAUUCAAAAUAGAUUAUAUGAUUAAUUUUAAGAAAGAAUUACUUAAUAAAGUGAAGAGGCUUUUCAAUAAUAUUAGGAUUAAAAUUAAGAAGAACUUAAUAAUAUAUUAACUUAAUUAGGUAAUGCAGAAUAUAAAACAAUACUUGACUAGACAAUGAAAGAGAUUCAAUAAUUAAUGCAAGAUUAAGAAGAAGUAAAAUUUAAUUUAAUUUUAUAAAGGAAUAAUUUAAUAAUACUUAUAAAUUACUAUAAUAGUAUUAUCUCUAAGAUUUAGCUAUUAAAACAAAUAUCCAAAUGGUUGAUUAAGAAAUACUACCUUAAUUAAAGAAUAUUUCGUAAUCUAUUAAUAAUGCAAAGAAAGAAUUUGAAAAAGUUAGUGGAAGUGAAAAACCAUAUAUAGAACGUUAAAAUAAAAUAGAAUAAGAAAUUGAAUAAUUAGAAUAAGAAUUCAAAAAGAAAAUUGAUCAUUUUAAUAAUUAAGAGACAGAAUUAUAGAAAUAUUUGAAUACAAUAAAGUUAGCUAUUGAGAAUACUUAAGAAUAAUUAUUAUCUAAAAAUAAACCUAAUAAAGCAUUGCUUGAAUAAGAAAUAUUACAAUUAAAUAAUAUGUUGACUCAAUUAUAAGAACAAAGAAAAUAACUUGAAAUAUCUUAAUUUAGUAAAUCUCCUCAAAAGACUGAUGCAAGUAGAAGAAGUUCUAAUGGUGGCAUUUUAGCAAUUUCAAAAUCAUUAAAUCAAUUUUCAAAGUAGCGCAAAGAACCAACUCCAAAUAGUUUUAAUAAUAGUGUUGUCAAAGGUAUAACACCUUCAAAAGAAUCAUCAAAUUUAUAUCAUAUUGCUAAAUAUCCAAAGACAAAUUGUAAAUCUUCAUAGGAAUUAAGACUAAAAUCUAAUAUUUCAUUAAAAUCAAUAAAAUGA